CGUAACACAGCGUAUUGCGCAAGCAAUUAUUGCGAAUACCCCAUCUCGCCAGCACUGCAGAGGAAACGCUCGGUUUGUGGUGGUUCAGAGCUAAGAAAUUUGACUGGGAUGCUCACGUCAAGCCCAUACCAUGGCCCAAGCAAUCGAAGAGCUGCACUCGGAACUCGAACAUGCCUUCCGCAUUUUCGGGCCAGGGUCGCGUGUGGCCUUUCUUGAAGAUCGCGGUGCGCAAUUUGACCCUGCCCGGAUGUCGUCGCUCCUCGAAGAUAUGUUCCGCAUUUUCGGGCCAUCGCCGCGUGUGGCGUUUCUUGAAGAUCGCGGUGCGCAACUUGACCCUGCGCAGAUUUCGUCGCUCCUCGAAGAUAUGUUAUGUAUUUUCGGGCCCGCGAGUUCGAGAGUGAGGCUCCUCGUAGAGCGAAAGUUGAUGAAUCUCGAGCAAAAAAAUGACUACAAGGAAGCGUGGAAGCUUGCUCACGAAAUGUAUGCUCACUUCAAGUCUACCUCGGGGUUGACCGGGGCAUAUCAUCAUUGUAUUGCUCAAAACGAGGCAAAACGAAACACAUCAGCUCUAGACUCGAUCACCAAAAAGCUUAAUUUGUUAUCUUUGGCCGAAACUCCGCGCUUCUUCCGCGUGUGGCUGGCUAGCACUCUGGAUGAAGACUCGAAUCCGGAUACUACCUGGGUAGUUAUCAGGAAAGCCGACUACUCAAUUCGUGUGCAGAGAACGGUUUUGACUUACUGGUCGGGAUACUUUCAGGACGCGUUUUCCGGCAGAUGGCCUAUCUCUGGUAGCUUCGGUUUUGAUAAGGACGAUCGGAUCACGGUUGGGUCUUGUCUGAAGAUAUUCGGAGGCUUUGUCACUACGGGAAUUUACGAAUGGACAAGCUCUGAAGACCUCGAACAUGAUUAUCAUGCGGCACAAUAUUUUGGCAUACAAAAGCUGAAGGAUCUCUUAUUCGGUAUUUUAUAGACCUGCAUGAAUCUUCUCGGCUAUCGGGCAUUUGAUAUAACAUUUCGAUCAACUUCCGCUGUAUCUCUAUUGUAAAUCGCCUUAGACUCGCAAAGACUGCUUUCUAUUUCUUUCGAGAUAACACGGACCCUCUUGUAGUUGUAAUAGAAGAUUGGCAUUCUCUGUAUAAAUCGACUCGGGUGAGGUUUGAGCGAAAGUCACUUGGAACGUCUAGACAAUAAAUGCGGCCAUUCGUUGGUUCACCGAUCCUCUCCGCUGUCCACCUU